AUGAGUGUACUGUUAGAAACUACCGCUGGUGAUAUUGUAAUUGAUUUAGCUUACAAUGAAUUCCAAUUAGAAGCAUAUAACUUUUUAAAGCUCUGUAAGUGUAACUAUUAUAAAUAUCAAAAAAUUGUUAAGAAUGGCGAUGAGAUAAACUUUGGCGACCCAAUUAUUGGAUUCAAAGAACGUAAUGAUCAAUUAGUUUAUGAGACUUCCAUUAACGGAUUACUAGAUGUAUCAGAAGAAACUACCUUAGUUCCUAAAUUAAUUAAAACUACUUCCAAAAACAGCGAUAAUUCAACGGGGGAAACUGGACUUGAAAAGGGUUCCAUUGCCUUUAAGGUAAUUAAACAAGAUGGUAUUGAUUUAAUUGGAUCGAAAGUAGUACUGAAACUUGUCAGUUGCUUAUAUCCUGCUAAAGAGCUGGCUUAUUUUGGGAACGUUCCAAGACAAUAUUGGGAGGUUUUAGAUAAAUUUAUGCAAUUGGAUGAUAAGAUGGAAAUUCGAGUGAAAAACAUAUUGAUAAUAAGGGAUCCAUUUCCAGAUCCUGAAGGGUUUCAACAGUUUGAUGUACCACUGCCGAUAGGUGAUGUGGAAUUACCUAGUGAAUUAAUAGAGAAGCAUCAAGCAAAAUCCAAAAUGAGUUUAUUGAAAAGUGAAAUAGAAAACCAAGAAUUAGCAUUAGAAAUUAUUGGUGACAUUCCAUCAAGUACGAUUAAGCCACUCAAAACUGUUUUGUUUGUGUGUAAGUUGAAUGCGAUGACCAAUGCAAAGGAUUUAGCUCAAAUAUUUAGCAGGUUUGGACAGAUCAUAUCUGUGGAAAUCGUAAGAGAUAAAGAUACAGGAAGAUCCUUGGGUUAUGGAUUUAUAGAAUUUGAUAGUGAGGGUGCCGUUGAGCUAGCAUAUAGUAAUAUGGAAGGUGUAAUAAUAGAUGACAAGAAGAUUCAUGUUGACUUCAGCCAAAGUGUCAGCAAACUUGCAAGCCAAUGGACUUGCGGCAAAAAUAAAUAA